AUGGCGAAUUUUGGUGAAGGGAGAAGAGGAACCGGAGGGAUGUUACCGCUACUGGCUCUAAGCGCCGUCGCUGAGUAUUGUAGACUGCCGUGGAAACCGCCGGUGACGGCGGGUCUCUUGGCCGCGAACACUCUCGUUUAUCUCAGACCGGCGUUUAUCGAUCAAGUUAUACCUCACAUCAGUGAGGUCUGGUUCAAUCCCCACCUCAUCUUCAAGCACAAGGACUUGAAACGCUUCUUUCUAUCAGCGUUCUACCAUCUCAAUGAGCCUCACUUGGUUUACAACAUGAUGUCUCUUCUCUGGAAAGGUAUUAAGCUCGAGACAUCCAUGGGAAGCAGCGAGUUUGCUUCGAUGGUCUUUGCACUCCUCGGUAUGUCUCAAGGAGUCACAUUGCUGUUGGCUAAAUCCCUCCUCGUCUUCUUCGACUACGACAGAGCCUAUUACAACGAAUACGCAGUUGGAUUCUCGGGCGUCCUCUUUGCUUUGAAAGUUGUUCUCAAUGCUCAGGCUGAGGAUUACACUAGCGUGUACGGGAUCCUAGUCCCGACAAAGUAUGCUGCUUGGGCAGAACUGAUUCUAGUGCAGAUGUUUGUACCGAGGGCUUCGUUUCUCGGGCAUUUAGGUGGAAUCCUUGCUGGUAUUCUCUAUAUGAAGUUGAAGGGUUCUCAUUCAGGCUCUGAUCCAGUGACCAUGGCGGUUAGAGGUGUUACCCGAAUGGUGACAUGGCCUUUAAGGUUUCUGAACAGUAUGGUUAGGUCUCGGAGAAGGAGGAUUUCAGGGAGAGGAAGAGUGGGAAGAAGCCAGACUGGUAUAGCAGGACCUGGUAUCUGGAGAUGCCAGUCGUGUACAUAUGACAAUUCUGGUUGGCAAAGUGAAUGCGAGAUGUGUGGCUCGGGACGUGGUAGAGGAAACGGAUGGUCAGUGAGUCAGAGACCCACACAGUCUUCUUCUAAUGAUCUCCCUUUAGAUGAGCUUCGCCGUCGAAGAGUAGAAAGGUUUAGUUGA